AUGCCAUCGUCAUCAUCCAACUCACUAACAUUUGAUGCUACUUCUCUUGUAAAAUACAAACUUUCCGAUGAACUCUUGUCUAAAGUGGCUCUCUCCGGCUCUUUAAGAUCUUCUUCUUGUCGUUCAGCAGUGUGGAGACUUCUACUGAGAUGCCUUCCAUAUGACAUUAAGGAAUGGGAAGUUUCACUAUCAAGGACACGCAAUAGCUACAGGGUCUUGAAGAAAACGAAAUUGAUUGACCCGAGAGACGAAAAAUUCAUACAAGACCCGCAAUUUAACAAUCCUCUAGCGCCCGUAGAACAAAAUCCCUGGAACUCAUUUUUCGAAGAUAAUGAACUGCGAGACAUUAUCGGAAAAGACGUCGCCAGAACAUUUCCGGAAAUCGAGUUCUUUCAGCAGAGUUGGCUUCAAAAACUAAUGGCGGAUAUCCUUUUGGUGUUCGCCAAGGAUAACCCAUAUAUUAACUACAAGCAAGGGAUGCAUGAGAUUUUGGCGCCGCUCAUUUUCGUCAUCUACUCAGAUAUUGAAGCAUUUGAGCACGCGAAAGAAGGAGAUGAAUUGAAAACGUUGACGGUUGAAGAGGAGGAUUGUUUGAAUUGUCUUUUCAACAAGGAUUUUUUGGAGCACGAUUGUUUCAAUCUAUUUGCGGCAUUUAUGCUAGAAAUUUCAAAAUGGUACGAAGACAAUUCCGAAGGAAAAAGCGAACGUGGGAAAAACGAAUUAGAGCCUUAUCUAAGAGUUCAAGAUUCUCCCUUAAAUAGUCGUUUGAUGGAAGAUCUAAUGGACAUCGCGAAAUUUCUCGAAGAAACUGAUCCAGCUCUCGCCAAACAUCUCAGCUCUCUUGACAUUCCGCCACAGUUAUACGGAAUUCGCUGGCUACGUUUACUUUUUGGCCGCGAACUUUCUCUUCAUGAUCUCUUAUUUUUGUGGGAUGUGCUUUUAACCGAUCGACCCAUUGGGCCACUUGUAAAAUGUAUUUUUGUAUCUCUUUUGGUGCAAAUUCGUCAACUAUUGCUUUCUUCGGAUUAUGGUGGCUGUUUGCAGUACCUGAUGAGGUACCCGCCUAUUGCUGAUAUGGACUCUUUUAUAAAGCUUGCAAGACACUAUCGUAACCCAAAAAAGAAUGCGAGACCGAUUAUAAAAGCCAACAAUUUUUCUCAUAUCACAGUGUCCGGUACAGCUCAUCCAAAUCGAAUUCAACGACCAACAAAGUCCGCUGAUAGACCGAAAUCAAAGAAAGGAGGCAACGCAGAAGCGUCGCCGUCUAUUUUAACGUUUGUGCCGGUUUUGGAAAAAGUCAAGAAUUCUAUAAGAGACCGCGCUAAUUCUGAUUCUGCGCCAUCAUCGCCGCGAAAAUUGCCGAGCAACGCGAACGCCAAUAAACUUUCGCCGAAAUCUGAUGUUUGGGGAAAAGAGAUUCAGUUAAUGGAAGAGCAGGUCUCGUGCCUUCAAAUUCGCCUAAAUGAGCAGGAGAUGGUGUGCUCACAGGUUGCCGAAACCUUAGAGGAAUGUGCCGAUGAAGCGCUGGCCGCCAAAUCGGACGAGCAACGGGAAAAGCUGAGCGAGAAGAUCCGAGAUCUAAGCCAGCUAUUAAUCAACAGUAGGAAUGUGUCAUUUGCGCAAGUGCUCUCGAAGACUUCAACGCCAGAAGCUAAGACGCCGCUACCCGCAAAAAUUCGUCAAAACAAUGAGAUGUACGAUAUGCAGUCAUCGAAACGUCUCCAAAUGUAA